AUGGUUCGAAGCUGGACCGAAGAAGAGGAGAACAUUCUCUACAACAUUCUGGACCGCUGUACUCAGAACUCCGGCUCUAAUGAGGGUACGGUCGUGCCAGAAUUGUAUUUCCACUUCGAAAACGAGAGUGGAGGAGGAGGAUCCUCAAAGACCCAAGCACAAAUUAAAAAUAAGAUCCGUACUAUUUCUCGCCGCCUCGGUAUCCGAAGUACUGAACUUGUCCCAAAUUGGCGAUUAUAUGCUGCAGACGCACGGAGGAUGAGAGAGUCCAUGAGACGAGACCCUCUACCACGAAAGAGGCUGAAGACAGGUUCAGACUGCGGUCUUGAUAGGGACCCCGUACCAAGCAACGACGAUAAGGAGGCUCCCGUUGCCAGUGAAAAUGAAGGCAGUCGAGACUCUUCUCCAGAGCCACUUCAACCGCCGAAAAUGAACGUCGGCAGCCUCCUUCCGUCCGCUCAACAAGGUGAAGGGGACGCAUGUCUCCCCCCCCGCCGGUAUUCCGCCGAUCUUGACGAAUGGGAGUAUAAGUUUCUCACCGAUCUUCGAAAACUCCGCGGCGACACGGGCUAUAUGGCUCCUCUUCCAGAGCAGGACAUUCAGGACGUCCUGCGGAAAACCAUGAAGCUCAUUGACGAAGGUUUCGUUCAAUGCCUGUUGGGUUCGAGAGUUGUCAUGCCGAUUUCGUCGAGACUGCCGCAAGAGUCGCUGGAGCUCGCUCGGUUAUUGAUUGAAUCGAGAAAAGGCGAUCCGACGGAGCGGCGUUUGAAGGCGCUAGUCAAUGGACCUCGUGUGUCGGAGGAAAUCCUGUUUCGUGCUUUUACAGCCGCGGCAAUUUACCAAUGGGCACUCAAACCAUUCGACGAAGAGAAUCUCCGACAUGUCCCCUCAUCCGAUUACAAUCACCACAUCGCUCGCAACCUGGGUGUCAGAAGAGCGAAUGAGUAUCUCGACAAGGUCAUCAGGCCAAAGCUGCCAGCGCUUGCGUCGCAAAUCCAAGAGAAGCUAUACAACGUUUUCAUCAGCAUCUCCGUCCCUCUGGCAACGGUAGGCAGACCGGAGAACGAAGGUUUCCAGUCUCAAGAACGAAAGCUGCACCAGUGGCAAGAGGGCGUCGAAAAUGCGCUUCUUCAGCUGCUGGAUGUGAGGACCACCAUGGCCAAGUGUUCGCUGCUGUACGGCUUCAGGCUCCCGGCACUCGGCAAUCUCUUUGAGGCCGAGUGGAUGAAGACGGUACACCCAGAGGACACGGAAUUCACGUCAACAGACCGUGUUUACCUGUGUCUCCGUCCCGCUGUUUUUGCUCACAACCCUCGAGACAACGCACCAGAGGUGCUUAUCUCUCCGGCUUUGGUUAUGGUGGAAGGCUACGAGGUGGACUUGACGAUGAUUUGA